AUGUGCAACGGUUUCUCUCUUGUGGGCAAGCUGCCCGAAUUGGGAGUCUUCCAGAAAAAGUUCCGGCCGGCUGAGCUGUCGGAGUCGGAUCUCAGGCAGAGUGCCAAGCGGUCUCGUGAAGCCAUCAUCGGAACGCUGGGGCCUUCUCCGGACCGCGUCAUAGAUGAGGGUGUUUUGGCGGCAACACAAAAAGAAGUGCAGGCUGGCCAUGUGCGUGGCCCCAUCUCGAUGGGGGGUGUGCCCCCAGAUGAAACCGUCGCUAGGCGCUUUGGGGUACGGCAGGGCGAAACGGAUGCCGGCCCCAAGGUGCGACCCAUCGAUGAUUAUAGGGAGUCCCUGCUGAAUGCUGCUGUCGCUCAAACUGAGCAAGUCCCAGUUCAUAGCCUCGAUGUCGUGGCAGCCACCGUUUCGUAUUGGUUGCAGGCUGAGCACGUGAAGUGUGGGGGCAGCGACCUUCAUGUAAAAUGUUGGGACCUUCAUGCCGCAUACAAGCAACUCCCUCUUGAUGAUCCUUCGUUUGCCAGGGAUGCCUUCUUUGGGAUAUACAACCCACGCUCAAAGCAGAAAGAGCUGUACAGACAGCUGGUCCUUCCGUUCGGAUCCAAGGCGAGUGUGACUGCUUUCAUAAGGGCGGCCUUCGCCUUAUGGAGGAUCGCCGUGCUCUUGCUGAAGGUGGUCUGGACCUUUUAUUUUGAUGACUUUUUGAAUGUGUGCCGUGCCGAGGAGUCAAGGCACAUGGAAAUUGUCAUCAGUAUGUACUUCCAUCUUUUGGGGAUGAAAUUUUGGGGCACCCUUCGUGCAAUCUUGGCGGCCGGAUCUCUCGAGAGAGGAGAGUUGGCAAAGGUCAGAGGAAGGUUGCAGUUUGCAAGCGGCCAGUUGUUCGGACGGUUGGCCCGUCAAGCAGUGCACGCCUUCUCAUCCAAGGGUCGCCUGGGUUCAGGGCUGGACCACCGCUUGACCUGGGCGCUUGAAUAUCUCAGCGAAAGGUUGGCUGAAGGCAAGCCGAGGGAGAUUUCUCGUGGGCUCGGUGACACCCGGCUUGUUUUCGUGGAUACCUGCUUUGACGAGUAUCGUGAGACGGUUAUUUACGAGCUCGAGGCGCUUGCGGUCACUCUUGCCAUCGAUGUUUUCCGCAAGGAGCUGCUAGGGAGGAACGUCACG